GGCGGAAUGGGGUUGAGCAGGUUGCAGGCUAUUUUCUUUGACCUGGACAACACGCUCAUCGACACGGCCGGAGCGACUCGGAAGGGCAUGUUGGAGGUGAUAAAGCUCUUACAAUCAAAAUACUGUUACAAAGAAGAGGCUGAAGUCAUCUGUGAUAAAGUUCAAGUUAAACUCAGCAGUGAAUGCUUUGAUCCCUCCAAGACAUGCAUUACUGAUCUAAGGACUUCACAGUGGGAAGAAGCAAUCCAGGAAACAAAGGGUGGUGCCGCCAAUAGGAAAUUGGCCGAAGAAUGUUAUUUCCUGUGGAAAUCUACACGCUUACAGCAUAUGAUACUAGCAGAAGAUGUCAAAGCCAUGCUCACUGAACUUCGAAAGGAGGUCCGCCUACUUCUGUUAACAAAUGGAGACAGACAGACCCAGAGGGAGAAGAUUGAGGCUUGUGCCUGUCGGUCCUAUUUUGAUGCUAUUGUUGUAGGUGGAGAGCAGAAAGAGGAGAAACCAGCACCUUCCAUAUUUUAUUACUGCUGUGAUCUCCUCAGAGUUCAACCUGACGACUGUGUGAUGGUUGGUGACACUCUGGAAACUGAUAUACAAGGAGGACUCAAUGCAGGGCUGAGAGCAACAGUCUGGAUAAACAAAAACGGAAUCGUGCCACGGGAGUCAGCCCCCGCCCCCCAUUAUAUAGUUUCUUCUGUGUUAGAGUUACCUGCUGUCUUACGAAGUAUUGACUGCAAAGUCAAUAUGUCAACCCAAAGUUUCUAAAAGAAUUUUGGAGUAAAAUUACAGAAUUUGAACCUGAAAAGUUAUAUAAAGGUAUUUUAUAUACUAUGGCCCAAUAUGGCAAAUAAUUUUACUUUGUAAAAUUUAACUUUGUAAAAUUAUGAUUUGGUGGCUGUUAUUGUGAAGGUCCUCCAAACCCUACUGCUUUUAAGUUUUGACAACCAACUAUUGAAUGGUGUUUAUAUCUGAAAAUUCAAAUUGUAUUAAUAUAAAUUAAUUUUUUUAAUGUAAUUCAGAAAACUUGAAAUGUUUGUUUCCCUGUGGCUUGUGAUUUUUAAAAUUAUUAAAAUUUUUAACAUCUUGGCUCCGUGAAAAUACUAUGUAGGAUAGCUUGCGGAUGGAUGCGCAAAUGUAGGCUUUAAUAUUCUGGCUUAAAAAUGGUUUGUUUUUUUAAAUAGAUAUUUUAAAACAUAUUUAAUAGAGCGUUAUCAGUACAAUUGGAUUGGUUAAUAUGAAAUAAAUACUAAAUUACAUGCAAGUCAAGACAUUACAUUACUCUUGCAUAUUUUUUGGCAAUAUAUAAACCAUGUUUUUGCCUUUGAAUGAUUCUUCUCUAGUAUGACUUAAUUUUUCUGCAUGAUCUCUUUUUCUGUGUCCCCGUUUUUUUUGUUUGCUGUGUACAUGACAAACAGAUUCCUCAAAUAAAAUAAGCUGUUUAAAUUAACAGCUUAUUAAUUAUGGAAAAAUCAACAGCUUUUACAUGACAUUUUGACAUCUUUCCCAAGUGAACGUCCUUGUAGUCUUGCCAUCUUACGGAAGUAUUUUUACUUUCUUUUCCGAGGUACACAAAGGGGUACUGGACGGUCUGGCUGGCAUAAGUACAAGCCACAUGACACUGGAAGUCAUUUUCCUUCCAUGGAUCCCUAAGGUUGGAAUUGCCUUAGUGCAGCUUAACUGUGCAGCCUCCCGGUCUGUUCUCUGAUGACCAAAUAUUUAUACUCAUGAUGAAAACUAAUAGAAAGUUAGCUUUUGCUGUGAACCAUUUCCAGGGUGCCAUUUUAAUACUUGAGUGAGUCUUUUCUUAGAGUUACCAUCUGAAUUUAAUCUGUUUUUCAUUUUCAGAAAUAUGUUCAUGUAUCACAAAUUUCUGUAUCCAAUUCAGGGUUCACUUCCAGUUUAAAAUUUAAUGGCUCCAUAGCAGGACAUCUUGCAACUAGAAAGUGUUCCUACCCCUCCAGACCACUAGGAUAGACAGUUUCUUGAUUUCAUCAUCCAUACUUGGAGUAAAAUGGUUAAUCAAGGAAAAAAAGACUACAUGAUUUGGGUGGUUUUUUGGUAGUUUUUUUCUUUUUAACUCUUUGUAUAAGAAGCUACUAGUGUAAAAUACUGAACUGUAUGUAGGAAUAUGUAAUAGCCAAGAUUCCUUCAAGGUAGAUACUCAAGAGAAUGAAAUUCUAGAUUACGCCCUUCUGUGAACCUAUUUCAUUAGCCACUCAUUUUCUGUCUACCACCCAGAACAGGAUCCUCUGCCUUGUAAUGAGCACCCUAUUAGGUUUACUUCUCACUCGAUAUUUAAAAUGUGAUUGAUUGUGUGCUUGCUCGUCCCGAGUGCUGUUGCUGUGAAGCUGAACAAUUGCAGUGUCUGUGUGUGCUUCCAGGCCCAGUGCCCGCGUGACCUUGAUUAUAUUGUAGCUAUUUAAAAAGUGUCCAGUUGGAGGGUUUUGAUAAAAUGUAGAGCAUGGUUUCUCUAAUAGACUGAUGUUUGAUACUGAGGGGUUGUACUUUUAGCAAUCCCACAGGAUGGGUGCAGGAGGCUUCAUAGUCAUUACACUAGGAGAGGAAGGUUCAACACUUCAGGAUCAUAUGGCAAAUCUCAACAAGGUAGCUCUGGGAUAUUAAGUGAGCCAUUCUUCAGCAAAACUGUUCUAGGGGUGGGGGGGAUGAAAUUGGAUUGCCUUGUCUUCGCAGUUUGUAUUCUGUAUGGUGCAGUAAUGCAAUAUUACAUUCCAUUUGUGUCCUUCCUUAAGGAAGGACUUUAUGGUUUUCUACCUUCUGAGUGGGAUGUUGCAGAAGAUAAUGAUUGUAAGAGUUCUUUGAAUAGACCUAUGAUUUUAUUAAUGUGUUUAUUUUAGAAUAAUCUUAAAAU